UCAGGAAUCUCAGCAAGCACUCAUUGCCCGUCUCAGUCAUCCUACCUCCGGAUUCACCUCUCAAUCUUCCUUUCUCAUCUUCAAUGCCAACAUGGUGCCUCCGGAGACAUGACGUCGCGAGAAGAGAAUGUCCUGGCCGCCAGAGACCCGUCCAUCGAUGACGAGAAUGACUGGCAGGAGUUCAGCCUGACCGAUGUAAAGGUCCUCAUACCCGGCAAAUCUCGUUAUGCGAACCUACUCACUGCCUCUGCAGAUAACCCAGUCCGCGUCACUGGGAGUCUGGAUGAGGUCGAAGAGGAACAAGAGUCUCUAGUUCUUGAUGAAGAUUACCUUUCUAAACGAAUCGUCAUCGAUAAUGUGACGCACUACGCUUACGGCCAACAUGAUGAUGGAGAGGUCGGCAUCUGGGUCGCUGGCCAAGCAGGAUGGUAUUCUAUCACCCCCGCGAGGGGCUAUCGGCCUGUCUUCAAUGAGAUGGUAGAGGCUAUUGACCUGUUAUAUUUCCUAGCGGAUAGACAUCAGAGGAGGCGCGGGAAGCGGAAGAAUUGGAAUCCUACCGUGGAAUACCUCUGUGACGAGUAUGUCAAUCACACGCAUGGAAUCUGUGAAGAUGGAGACGACUCUGCGGAAGUGUUUUACAAGCAUCAUAGCUUUCUCAUCAGCCAGAUGCUCAAUCCGAAAGAAGGGGUCAAUUGGGCGGAGACGAAUAUCUUCGAGCAUCUUUGUGAGAAAUUCCCCGAAGAAUACGAACGGAUAAAGUCGAAAAGCGAAACCAAGACCAACAACGAGGAAGAAGAGCAAGAUGGGCAAGUCGAGACCGCUCCUCAUGUUCAUGAUGCGGAGACUCUUGCGAGAAACCAAGCCGAUGCAAUAUUCAAGAUAAUCCUGGACUUGAAGGAGGCGGGAGCGCUUGCGAAGCGCCAAUUGAACCUCGACCUCGUUGCCAGUACCCUGAAGGAUCGUUUCGAGAUAGACACUGUCGAAUACGCACAUGACCUUAUCACUGCGCGGGCAACAGCUCUGAUUGAGAUGAUGGACGAGGCAAGGACAACAAGCUUCGACUGGUCUCGCAAGGCUAUCUACCGGGAGCUUAAGAGUGCAGUGGAAAACAGUGAUGCGCAACAUGUAGCCAUAACUCCGUUACGGCCAAGAGCACCGAUCGAAGAUGAAUCGUCUGACAGCGAAAGCGAACCUGAAGAUAACGCAAGAGGCCGUAGGCGUCGAGUUCGGAAGUCGGUCCUACGACCGAAAAUCGCUUCGGUGUCCUCGAAGCAAGUCGGGAAACGCACACGCGCCGCUGCUGCGCAGGAGCUUGAAAUGUCCGAUGAUAGCGACAAUCCUGCAGAUGAUGUCCAGACCCCAAGCAAAGUUCGCGGUCAUGAGCUUGUUCGCGACCCGCUAUCUACACGAGCUAAAAGAAGGACUCGAUCGAUCCUUUCAGACACGGACUCUCCAUCGGUCGAUAGAACUGUGAAACAAGAGAGCACUCAGCCAGAUGCUCUUUCGCAUGCUGCAGAUGAGUCGCAAAUCUCCGCUGAUCCAGAUAACCCAGAGCCAGAGACAUGGGUAUGCCCUGUCCAGGGUUGUGAUAAGGUCAUACACAAAGCUGGUACCAAACGGUCGAAACAGAUGAUCCAAGACCACUCUCUUGGACAUGCAGAAGAUACCCAAUCGAAACUUGAACUGGUGCUUGCCGAACAGCGCCUCAACAUCAAUCUCUCUGUUGACAAUCUGAUCAGCCGGAUUCGAGGGUUCGGCUCCGUGGAGCCCCUAUGAGUCUGAAACUGAUAAGAAAAUACUCAUUAUGCAUGCGUAUGAAAAAGCGCCGGCUACUGGGCACAACUUCAACGAGUUGUAAGACCAUUGCAUACAUACAGCAAGGCGCACACAGUCGGUACUGUUAUGUUCCAAUGUCCCCGAUGAAAAUUCAUCGAGGGGAGCAUGUCGAAUUCAUACUCAUCUAUGAAAUUACUCAUAACGAAAUAUUAAUAAAUGGAUGGAAUAUCAUGAUAUGAUGUUCGCUUGGUGAAUGAUACCAAAUCUUUGAGUGAUGAUACGAUCUGAACACGACUAUCAAAUAUGCAGGGAUAUAAAUAGAAUAAAAGAGUUUACAGUGAGCUAGUUACGAUGUAAUUAUAUAUGAAUCGAUGUAUAUCAACACUACGCUUAUCUUGUUUGCCCGCAGAGAGCAUUGUAAUUAUCGAU